UCGCGAUUCAGACAGUCGCGUGAGAAUCGUCGCGGCAGCCGGUCGGGCCCGACACCGAGCACACGCACCAACAAAUCGCGGACGAUAUAUUUUACGAUACAACUUGCUAUUUUUAAGCGUCGCGAAUCGUGAGUUUACAAGUGCAUUGGACAAUGUGGUUUGCAAACUUUGCCGGCGAUAUGUUCGAGUACGCAUGAUUUUGAUGAAACUGUCGUGAAAAACAGCACAAAUGAAGAUGACUGUAAAUCGCAUUAGGGUGGUAGUGUUGGGGAGUCCGCGGUGCGGGAAAUCGGCGGUCGUCGUGCGUUAUCUAACUAAGCGGUACAUAGGUGAAUACAGCUCUACAGGAGAUUUUCUUUAUCAGCACCGAGUCGCGUUCGACGGCGCGGUAUCUGAAGUCGAGAUUAUGGACACAUCUAACUGUGCUAUUCGUGGCUGCCUGGCAGAGCACGUGCGAUGGGGCGAUGCGUUCGCCGUGGUAUAUUCAGUGUGCGAGCGGCGGUCUUUCGUGGCGGCCGCCGAGCUGCUAUCUCUCCUGGAGCGCACCCGGCUGCCGGGCUGCGCGGCCGUCACCCUCUUGGGGAACAAGAGAGACCUCGAACAUGCUAGGGAGGUCCAUGCGGAGGAGGGUCAGGAGCUGUCUCUGCGGUUCGGGUGCCAGUUCUACGAGGUGUCGGCGGCGGAGUCGUGCGCGGGCGCGGCGCUCGCCUUCCACGCGCUGCUGCGCGAGGCGCGCGCGCUCGCGCUGCUGCUGCCCUCGCCCCGGCGCAAGCUCGCCGCCUAUUCUGUUUCUAAAGUAAUCGGCACAAUAUUUGGCAAAAAUAGCAAAAGUGUGCGAAAGAAAAGGCCGUCACUCAGCAUUUAAACUAGGAUUAAGGUUUUAUACAAAUAUUUAUUACUUAAGCCAUGGAGACUGCUCGUUUGUAAAUAAAAUAAGAAAUCAAUUUAAUAAUACAUAUGUCAGUAAAUGUCAUAAAUGUUUUCCUCAGAAAUAUUUCUGGAGUUUUUGAAAAUCUUAUUAACCGGGCCGUCGUGGUCGCAAUCCUCUAAUAAAUAAAUUAAAGAUCCUUACCUAUUUGUGAAAUAGCGAACAAUGCCAGAUUAAUGAAAUUGUACAAGAAACAUAUGUAAACGUUCACUAGUUUUUAAGACAAAUAACGUAACUGUUUCUUGUAUUUUUUUAAAUCGCGUGGUUUCGACCUUUGAACAACGUUGGCCAAGCAGGUUUGUAGCUGCACCAACGUAUCUGCACUUAUCAAAGAUCUUAUCUUAGUAAGAAAAGGUCUAUAUUUGUUUAAUUCGCAUAACUGAUAUGUGGUAGGCUUACACCCUUCAUUAAACGUGUAAGACAAGUACGUCAACGUUAAACUCAAUCAUUAUGCUCUCACAAGAAUUAUUCUGUGGAAUUACUAUAAUUUUUACAUUCAUGAUUUACGCUGCCGUUUUCACAAAUAGCCAUGUUUAUAAUGCAUCACUGACUGAGUUUUUUGGACAUCUAGUUUACUUAUAAAAAACCUGUUUGAAGAUUUAAAGACUACUUUUACGUAUAUUAUUACUGAACUCUCCCCGAAUACUUGAUGCUUCUGGGAUAUAAUUUUGGCAGAUCGGCGACCUCAUUGUGUCAUUUUAAACCUGUCCUGUAGGAUCUGCAUUUGUUAAGGGGAUCCCAUGCCCCAAUGACCUUCGAUUUGAAUCCCUUAGUUUUCUAAUGUUUUUUGUAGGUUAUCAUAUUAACAGCAACGGAUUUUAGCAAUAUAGUAUCCCAUAUUUACUUCAAAGUUCAUUGUUUUCGAAAUAUUUGGCAUCAAAGUUGAACAAUUUUAGGGCAAAAAACUGUUUUUCUGGCCAUAACUUUUGUGUUAAUUAGUUUAAAAUUAAAACCUUAGACAAAUUUUUAGAGACGUCUAAGACGAACCCAAAUAUGUAGAUUUCGUAUAAGUAAGAUCUUUCACAGCAAUCGAGACACGAAAAAAGUGUUUUUUAGACAAUGUUUAAAACAAUCAUAAAUAAAUAAGUAUUAAUUUUUUUCACAAUCCGGUAGACAAAAAUGGAGAUAAAAGAUUGAAGAACCGAUAGGCGCUUGUCUUAUAAUUCUAUAUGUAGUGCAAAAGUAGGAGAUACGAUUCAAAACUUGUCAAAAAUCGAUGAAAACCUCAGGUAGCCCCUUAAAGAAAAGUAUCUAUUAUUUUCUUGCUGAAGUUGCAAGAAUGCUGGGCAGGUCAGUAAAUAGUUCCAUUAUAGUGACUUGAGAUGUACCUUAAUCGGUUUAAAAACUUGUUAAUCUAAGCUAAAAAAACACGUUUUUUGUAGUACUGAUACAUCUUUACUUUGUUAACGAGCUCAGUAUUCUAAAUAAGUAGUUUUGUAAUUUUGUGGUAGGUUGCAGAUGCAAGUAAUAUUCUCCAGAUAUAUAGGUAAGAUAACUUUUGAGAGGCAUAAGUGAAAAUUUGAACAAUGGAAUGUUUCUAAUUUUCAUGGUGUGCCAUAUUAAAAAGCAUCUCGGCCGUAACCUCUUUAAGUUUAAUACAAAUUACAAUUGUAAGUUGUAUUGAGAGUAUUGAGCCUGGCUUUCUAGGGGUGCGGGUCGUGUGGAUCGAGCGUGACUCGCAGGGCCCGAUUACGGUACCCUACAAUAGGUGUAAUUGAGGCACUACAGGAACAUAUAAACUUAUAUCUGAGGUCACGAACGCUCGAUACAUUAAGCGUUGCUAUUUGUGAAAUGUUAUUUAGCGAGAAAAUAAUUCAAGCUGUAUGAAUAUUUCUGUCAACAAUAUAUGUUUUGUAUUGUUGUUUAUCGGUAGGUAGGUACUUUCUGUGGUAGGUACUCUAAAAAUACGUUGACUUAUCGAUAACGCAGUAACAUGCUUGUCCAUACCUCAACGACAAAAACUGUACAUACGCUGCUGCUGCGUCAAGUUCUGGUAUUACUGAUUCUUACGGACGUGCGAUGUUAAAAAAGAAUUUUGGGCGUCCAAUUGGUAAUUUCACAAGAUGGCGUACACUCGUACUAGGUAUACAUUUGUAGGCGGCCGAAUUGCCACAGUUAGCGCCUAAAUGAUGCAGAAUUGCAGAUGCCUCUAAUACGCCACAUUCUUUUGACUGAAUUUGCACUUAGUUACAAAUUUUUGGUGUUUAGUUUUCUGUUAAAAAUGUUUUUCUUGUAUGUGAUGUUACGAAGAAACGACAAAAAUAAUGUAAUACGAGAACCAGUGAGUACUUUGAAUAGUUUAGAUAGCUCCAAAACUUAGUACAUUUGGUCUAUCCUUCUGAUGACGACAGGGUUUCCAAAUUAGCGAUCUUAAAUUUAACUCGAUCAAUUGGACAGUCAAAACUUAAUUGGGCCCUAUGUAUGUACUAUAUGUAGUUAAUGUAGUACGCCAAUCGUCAGGAGGAUAAGUAGACGUAAAACGGUUCACACACCUUACUUAAUUCGUAACUGACGACAGGGACGCAGCUAUACGUUAGACGUGACGCAGCUAUACGUGAUAUGUGCAAAAUUUUAUACAUUCCUGCUUACAUACGGCGCACAUGCGGAUUUGGAGUACUGGAGUGCUUGCCCCUACGGCAAGGUGCUGACUAUUUGCGUGAACCGCUUAUUUAAGCUAUAUGCAUUACUCGUGCACGAUGGAGAUAACUGGAGCAAGUAAAGGUGCGGCAUUUUUGCGCAAGCAGCAUGUGCAAGUUACUUGCUCCAGUAGCCCGCGCCUUGACUUGCACUACUUGCGCAGAUUGUUAGGCUUAAGUAGUUGCGCGUGUUGCUCGCGCUGGUACAUGCUCAAAUCAUGCGCAAGUGCUUCAACAGCUAAUCAACACGCUUAGCUAAAUCUUAAUACCUAUACAAAUAAUGUGUCGUCCUUUUCAUAAUCGCCUUUUACUUAAUAUGUUAUAAUACCGUGUAAAUAAAGUCAGUAUUCCUUGUAAAUAAUUCAUUUUAAUAAUAUAUAUUAUAAUACACCUCGCACUAGAGUUACGAUUGACUCAACAAAUUGUAAAUAUUGAUGUUAAAAGUUCAUGUUAGCCUUUAGAUAUAACAUUUACAGUAAAAUAAUAAAACUCGAUAGUAAAAUAAA